AUGAAGCUCUUGCUCACAAGCCUCUCCUUUUUACUUCUCGCUGUGUCCCAGACAUGGGCUGCUAUGCCAAGUAAAAUUUAUGGUGUAAACCUGGGAUCCUGGCUUGUGCUUGAAUCAUGGAUGCUACCCCAAGGAUGGCUUGACAUGGGUGGUCAGUCGUGUUCUGACUGUUCGACCUGCAUUGCUACCGAAUCUUCCUUCGCCAAGGCAUAUCCCGAUACCGUCAAUGAAAAGUUUGCUCAACAUUGGGACACCUGGUUUACGCAAGACGAUGUCAACCAACUCAAGGCAGCCGGAAUUAACACUGUUAGAGUUCCCCUUGGCUAUUGGAUCGUCGAAGCGCUCGUGGACUGGCCAAUUGAAACAUAUCCUCAAGGAGGGUUGACUUAUCUCCGUCGGGGUUUAAGUUGGCUCCAGGAUGCCGGUAUUACUGCUAUUCUCGAUCACCACGCACUUCCGGGUGUACAGACACCCAACCAACAAUUUACUGGAAACUGCACGACCGAUAUUCAAUUUUACACUCCUUAUAACUACCACCGUGCUUUAGUGUGGACUGCUGUUAUGGCCACUCUUUCACAUCUUGACCCUAACUUCGGUAGCGUGGCUGCUAUCGAGGCUGUAAAUGAGCCAAUCAUGGAUGCAAAUGAGACUCCGGAUUAUGGGUACUUCCAGAAGUAUUUUGUGGAGACUGUUCGCGCAGUUGAGCUGAUGCUAGGAAUUUCCGUACCAAGCAUGUCUCUUAACGUCUCCGUUUCGUCCAGUAAUGUUACUGCUGCGAUGAUCGAAGUCUCCAGCUAUUCAAUUUUCAGCCCUGAAGUCCAAUCUGCAUUGGCAGCGGCUGCCCCAAUUUUGCUCGAUAUCGGUUCCCAGUUUAGUAUGGAGACUAUUUUCGAUUUCAACCUCACUUCAGCGCCUCUUUACAACAGUCGAGAGCCAUUGAUUACCAAUUUUAUGGAUGUCAAUUGGCAAUACGAUAAUCCUCCCAACCCUGCAUAUGCUGCAAUAGGGCCUCAAGGAUAUGACAACCAUCUUUACUACUCGUCAGGAGUGGCUGAUCCUAACCCAACCGCUUACCUUGAAAGCGUCUGCAAUUUGAAUCGUAUCCAGGCUGACGCGGCUCUCGGCGAUACCCCUCUAUGGUUUGGAGAAUGGGGGUUACCUACUCAGUUUAACGCAACGGAUGAAUUUCUAUACCAGUGGGCUGAUGCUCAAAAGUGGGCAUACAGUAAAGGCGCGGGAUGGAUUUUCUGGAAUUUCAAGACAGAAAUCUCAGAGUUGGCCGCUGGGCUAGCUAGACAAUGGUCUUAUUUGGAAGGUUUGAAAUUGGGUUUCUUUACGAUGGAUCCAUCACAGUACAACAAUGCCAGCGUGUGUGAUGCGUACAUAAACAGCACGAGCACUUGA